AUGGGCUCUGUGUCAAACCAGCAGUUCGCAGGUGGCUGCGCCAAGGCGCCGGAGGAGUCGCAGGAGGACGCGGCUGGGGCGGCAGAGGAGCCCCAGCUGCUGCACGGUGCCGGCAUCUGUAAGUGGUUCAACGUGCGCAUGGGGUUCGGCUUCCUGUCCAUGACCGCCCGCGCCGGGGUCGCGCUCGACCCCCCAGUGGAUGUCUUUGUGCACCAGAGUAAGCUGCACAUGGAGGGCUUCCGGAGCCUGAAGGAGGGUGAGGCAGUGGAGUUCACUUUUAAGAAGUCUGCCAAGGGCCUGGAAUCUAUCCGAGUCACUGGCCCUGGUGGGGUCUUCUGUAUUGGGAGUGAGAGGCGGCCCAAAGGGAAGAACUUGCAGAAGCGCAGAUCAAAGGGAGACAGGUGCUACAACUGUGGAGGUUUAGACCAUCAUGCCAAGGAAUGUAAGCUGCCACCCCAGCCUAAGAAGUGCCACUUCUGCCAAAGCAUCAGCCAUAUGGUGGCCUCAUGUCCGCUGAAGGCCCAGCAAGCCCCCGGCUCACAGGGAAAGCCAGCCUACUUUCGGGAGGAAGAAGAAGAGAUCCAUAGCCCUGCCCUGCUCCCGGAGGCCCAGAAUUGAGCCACAGUGUGCGGUGGCUAUGCUUUUGCGAUCAGGAAGUUUCGAGGAGCAGACAUCAAUCGGCAGAGCGGAGAAGGUGGGGACAGGGUGGGUAGACGGCAGCUGGCACUGCCAUGUAUCUCAGGCCGGAGUUCACAGCAUCACCCUCUCUUCCCUCUUGGUGGGAGGAAGGGGUGAGGCAAAGGAACUCCAACCAUGCUCUAUCCAAAGGCACACGGGGGCUUGGGGGAGGGGCAGCCCUCCCAGCAUGCUUUAUCUGAGUCUCUAUCCCCAAAAUCUCAAGCUUUUGAAAGUGGCCUGAACAGAGAAGUUGUUUUCCUUUUAAAGAAGGAUAUGUAACAAUAUUUCCCACGGCAGAGUGAAAAGAUUAAGCAUGAGACCAGACUGGACCCAAACCCACAAGCCACUAGAUUCUAUUGGGAGGGAUUCUCUCAGGGGUAAGGCAGGGUUUUUCCACAUCUUUUCUCCUCAUAACCCACUCUUGGGAUAGGGUGCUGAGAGCUAUCCCAAGCAGUGGGUUGUGACGACAGGCAAAAGAGGUGGUUGGGGGAACAGCUGCAGACCCGCUGCUCCUAAAUUUACUCCCACCCCAUUCUGGGCCAAUACAAUUUUAUUUAUUUGCUCCCUUGGGUAACUGCAUCUUGGG